AUGCAGAGUUACGGGUUCGCCAGGCUAGAGGUGACGCCGGAACAGGCCAAGAUCCCGCAGGUUGCAUUCGAGAGGGUGAGGAAGUGGCUGGUGGAACAGUUGGAGCUGCCCAAGGAGAAGAGAUGGAUUGACUUUGUGAACGUGAGCAAGCCAAGUGAGAAGAAGGAGGGAGAAGAGGACGUGGAGGACAAUCCGAGUGACAGUUUGUACACUUCGCACCCGGUGGUUGGGACGCUGUGGCCUCCGGUUUACUUCCAAGACAGUGAAGAGAACGAAGAAUUUGCCAACGAGCUGCUGAUACUCCUGGAACUGCUCGAUGAUAUGGCGAGAAGCUGCAUGAAGGCCGUCUGUGAGCUGCUUAAUAUCGACGAGAACUGGCUGUUUGAAGAACUUCUGGACGACAGAAUGCGUGCGUCGAAGACGUACGAAGGACCACGAGAUACAAGCUAUCAAUAUGGCGCAUCGGUGCUGCGUAUUUACAGCUACCGCAACAAUGCCGCAAACGGUAAGGGACCAGCCGAGGUGGAUCCGAACGAUAACUCCUGUGGCGUGCAUGCCGAUCUCGGACUGGUGACAGUGUCGCCUUUAGCCACGGUCCCUGGCUUGCAAAUGUGGAACUUGGAGCGAAUGGUAUGGGCCGAUGUGGAGGAAAGCGCCACACCACUGCAAUUCUCUGUGUUUGCUGGAGAGACACUUGGCCUUCUGACCCACGGGGUCAUUUCAGCGCCGUUGCAUCGUGUACCGCCGAUCUGUGUGGAAGCGGAAGCUGAACUCCGAAUGUCCAUGCCCUACUUCUUGCGCGCAAAGCCUGAAGCUUGCCUUAAUCCGAAGGCUCCUGUCGCCGAGCAGAUCACAUGCCGCGACUUUAUGGAGGACGUUGUAUUCAAGAAGCGCCCGUGGAGACGGGAGAAGAACAAAAAUCCCACCCCACCUCACUAUUAG